AUGGCGUCCAAAUACGCAUUCUCCCUGGCCGCUGCCCUGUCGCUGGCCAGCGUCGUCGUCGACGCCGCCGCUCUCAAGGCGCCGCGCGACGAGACCUCGCUGCUGCAGAUCCCCGCCAUCCAGGCCGACCCGUCGCGCUUCAUCGACCCCGACUUCCCGGCGCUGGCCUUUGAGCAGGCUUCGUUUGUCAACUACGCGCUCAACGACGACGGCACGCCCAACGCCUUUUCGCAGAACCUCGUCGACGCCAUCUUUUCCCGCACGGGCGGCAAGCCGCUGAUUCGCCUCGGCGGCACCAGCGCCGACUAUGCCCGCUACGUGGAGGACCAGGCCGCGCCGGCCCUACCCCGUGCCGAGGUGGACAACUACCAGGACAUAGGCAACACGACGAUUGGACCCGCGUACUGGGACAUUGCGGCCAACAGCUUCCCGAAGGCGCAGUACAUUAUCCAGGUGCCCAUGGCGAAUCCGGACAUUGCAGAGUCGGUGCGCUGGGCGAAAGCCGCGACGGGCAAGAUUGGCCUCGACAGGAUCCAUAGCUUCGAGCCGGGCAACGAGCCGGAUCUGUACCCGGCCAAGGGUCUGGGCCCGCCGACCUGGCAGGGCAAGCAGGACAAUGGCACGUACGUGUCCAACUUUCUAAACUACUGCGACGCCGUGGCCGCGGCGGUGGGAUUGCCGCGCGGCACGCGCAAGUUCCAGGCGCUCGACACGUCGUCGCACCCGGCCCAGCCCCAGCAGGACGUGUUUUCGCUGAGCCUGCGCUCCGUCAUGCAGCAGGGGCUCGACAACCACCACGCCGUGAGGCAGGUCGCGCGGCACUACUACCACACUGAAGGCGGCCACGCGGGCACGCUUGCAUCGGGCCUGAUGGACCACGGCGUCAUCACCUCGCGUCUCGACGUGUACAGGGACGACCUCGAGUUCCUCGCGGGCCGCACGGCCAAGACGCCCUACGUGCUGUCCGAGGUGGGCAACUCGCUGAACCCCAAGCACGACUACGCGUACCAGGCGACGCUCGGCUCCGCGCUGUGGCAGGUCGACUUCCAGCUCUACGGCCUGUCGCUAGGCAUCGCGCGCUUCCACUUCCAGCAGAUUAUGCACGCGGGCUUUGACCUGUGGCUGCCCGGCGCCUCAGGCAACCUCUCGGCGCAGGUCUUUGCGAACUACUACGCGCAGCCGUUCGUGGCCGACUUUGUCGGCGCCGCGGGCAACGUCCAAGUGAAGAACGUGCCGCUGGAGCCCAACGUCGCCGCGUAUGUGGCCUACGAGGGCGGCACGGCGAAGCGCGCGGCGAUUGUCAAUCUUAGGUACUGGAGCAAGUGUCGAUCCAAAGAUGAGGCGAGGCUGGCGCAGCAUGUGAGGGUGCAGGUGCCGGCGGGCGUGGCAAAGGUCAGGGUGGUGCAUCUGACGAGCCCCAAGGGCGCGAGCGCGAGGGCCAAGACGGUGACAUACGCGGGGAGCCAGUGGACGUAUGAGAGUGGAGGAAAGGAGGUAAAGGGGGUGAGGAACGAUGGCGAUGUGUUGAAUGUGGAGGGCGGGGUGGUGGAUGUGCCGGUCAAGGCGAGCGAGGCUGUCAUUAUGCACUUUAUGUAA